UGUUGUAGUUGUGACACACGAAUACCACUGCAUUGUUUUGCUUUCGCAAAUCAGCGUAGUCACUCUCAACAGUGCUAAUCUUAGCCGGACUUAUCAGAACCAAUUUAGCUGUUGAACUUUGAAGUGGUCCUCGCGCAGCUGCAACAUGUCGAAAUUACGGUACUUUUAUGACUUGAUGUCACAGCCCAGUCGGAUGCUGUACAUUUUUCUGGAGACCACGAAGACCCCCUACGAGCGUUGUCUUGUGAAUUUGGGCAAAGGUGAGCAUCUGACCGACAAGUUCAAGGCUACCAAUCGCUUCCAGAAGGUGCCUUGCAUCGUCGAUAAAAACGAUCUGCACCUGGCGGAAAGUGUUGCCAUCGUGCGGUACCUGGCACGGGAGUAUCCCUUCGCGGAUCACUGGUACCCCAAGGACAGCCAGAAGCGAGCCCGCAUCGAUGAGUAUCUGGAAUGGCAGCAGCACAACACCCGGGCCGUCUGUGCCACCUACUUCCAGUACAUGUGGCUUCGGCCGCGACUGAUGGGCACCAAGGUGAACCCGGAACGGGCCGAGGAGCUCAAGCAAAAGAUGGAGGACUGCUUGGAUUUCAUCGAGGGUGAUUACCUGGGCGGGGGCAACCGAUUCUUAGUGGGCGAUGAGAUUUCCGUGGCUGAUCUGUUUGCGGCGUGCGAAAUCGAGCAACCAAAAAUGGCCGGCUUUGAUCCAUGCGCUGGAAGACCGAAAAUGACUGCUUGGAUGGAACGGGUUCGGGAAGUAACCAAUCCACACUACGAUGAAGCGCACAAAUUGGUCUACAGGAUUGCUCCCGAAAGUGUUCCGAGGCCGAAGUUGUAGGUUUCGGUAUGGGCAAUUGGAAAGGUAACGGAUGAGUGUGAUUUACAGGGGGAAAAUGUUCAAAACAAAAUCUUUUACUUCAA